AGGAGUGAGUGAGGGAGGGAGCAUGCGUGGACCGAGAGAGAGGUUUGCGUUUUAGAAUGAUUACAGGCGAGAGAGAGAGCGAGAGAGAGAGAGAGCGAGAGAGAGAGAGAGAGAGAGAGAUUAAGCGUACACAACUGUUGUCUUAAUCCUCUGAGCGGAUAGAUUUAGAGGAAAAAACCUAGGGGUUUGAGGCAGAGCAGCCAUAUUUUAUGGCCCGCUGGUGGAGUGAGUGGACUUGGAGCAGCGAGAGGCGAAGCUGAGGAGAGGAGAGGAACUUUGGCAGCUGCUGGCCUUUCGGCUCGCUGCGCUCUCCACACAUUUCUCCGUCACAUUUCAGCUUAGUUUUUUUUCCGUUAUUUAUUUGAUUCCGGUUUUUGUGCGGUGUUCCACACAGACACAACGAUGAAGGACCGAUUGGAGCAGCUGAAGGCGACGUGUGAUCAUGAUGAUGAGGACGUUGAGAUCGCUGUGGAUAAUGCAGCGUUCAUGGACGAGUUCUUUUCCCAGAUUGAAGACAUCAGAAACAGCAUUGAUAAGAUUGAUGAAAACGUGGCUGAAGUGAAGAAACUUUAUUCAGUUAUUUUAUCUGCACCAACAUCUGAUCAGAAAACACAAGAUGACCUGGAGGCCCUCACCAAUGACAUUAAGAAAAUGGCCAACAAUGCUCGCAACAAGCUGAAGACCAUUGAGAGGAAUCUCGAGUCAGAUGAGGAGGAGAGAGUGUCAGCCGACACAAGGAUACGCAAAUCACAGCAUGCCGUUCUGUCCAGGAAGUUUGUGGAUGUGAUGACAAAAUACAAUGAAGCUCAGGUGGACUUCAGAGAGAAGAGCAAAGGACGCAUCCAGAGACAGUUAGAGAUCACUGGUAAAGCCACUACUGAUGAAGAGCUGGAGGAGAUGUUGGAGGGAGGGAAUGCAGCGGUCUUCACUGCAGGGAUCAUAGAUUCGGGGAUAUCGAAGCAGGCACUGAGCGAGAUCGAAUCUCGGCACAAAGACAUCGUGCGCCUGGAGAGCAGCAUAAAGGAGCUACAUGACAUGUUUGUGGACAUCGCCAUGCUUGUAGAGAGCCAGGGUGACAUAGUCGAUAACAUAGAGGUGAACGUGUCAAAAGCAGUGGAUCACAUCGCCGUGGCAAAGACUGAAACUAAGAAAGCAGUCAGGUAUCAGAGCAGCGCACGGAAGAAAAUGAUCAUACUGGGUGUGGUCAUUCUCGUGGUUGUGGUCAUCAUCAUUAUCAUCAUCCUCACACAGACACUGUGAGGCCCUACACAUGUCACCGUCCGCUCUUCUGUUCAUCUGUGGCCUCCUAGUCAUUCCCGUCACUCUCUCUCCCUCCCACCUACUGAAAGCCAAGAAUAGAGAUCAACAAGACAAGACAAACACCCCUCCCCUUUCCAUCUGUGGCUCCGCCCUCUUCACCCUCCACCAACUGAUGGACGACUCCUCCCAUGGCUUUCUGAAAAUGUGCUUUAAUCAGAUGAAGCACUUGCUGCUGGGGAAAUCGCAAAGGGAACAUGUUUUGUGUAAAUGGACAGAAUCAGAACAAAGAAUAAGGGAUUUUUAUUCAAGUAUAGAGUGGAAGAGGAAAACAAAGACCUCCACUUCCCACCUUAAUAUCUUUAAAAGACUUUACUGGCUAUGAUUUGAACCUACAAGUGCUCUUACUGUAUUGUAUAACUUAUGUUUUUUUUUAUUUAAAGUUUUAAAACAUUUCAUCGUUCAACACCCCCCUUAUAUCCAGUUAAAAAUGAACAUAUUUCACAUUUAACCAUUUCAUUUCACUUCAUUGAGUCUGUGGAGUCUGUGAAUCUGCGGAGGAUGACCUGCGUAACUUCAUGAUUGUUUUAUGGUGCCCCGAAUAUGAAUGUGUGAUUCAUAUCGAGUACUUUCAUACUGCAUUUUGCCAAACUUUGGUACCUUGUUUUUCAUUUCAGUUGGACCCAGUACUACAGUACAUUGGUAACUAUCACACAGCUAGUUAUCAGUCAGUGUCCAUGUUUUGAUCAAAGUUCAUAUAAUAUCACAGUUAGACAUAGUUUAUACUGAAAAUUCAGUGACAUUUAAAACGUGAGUGUAUGUAUUUUAAUGUAUUUUCAGUUUAAUCAAUGUGAAACUGGUUAAAAGGCACCUGAGGUUUGCCUCAGUUAGUGCCUAAAUGGGUCAUCCUCAAUCGAGGCCCACAACUAAGACUGAUGAAGCAAAAUUAGGUUGUUUUACAAUUUUUUUAAAUCUUCAUUCCUGCCUGUGAAAUUUUAAUGUUAUUCGAAGAAUAAAUGAUUAUGUGUUUUUAAGUGA